CAGAUACAGCAGCUGGUCAGCCUGUCCUGAUUGAGCUCGCUGCUGCUUUUCCUAGACGACAUAGACACAGUAUCCACGAAAAUGUCGGGGUCUUCCAAGUCCUUCGUACUGUCCUCUCUGAUCGCCCAGCGCAAGCAAAAGAAACCGCUGAAAUCGAGCUUGAAGACACCCGGUGCCUCGGGAAGCAAAGCCAAGGCUUCUAGAUCUAAACCGCAAGCUAAACCAAGCAAGGUUCGAGCGGAGGAGCUUGACUGGAAGAAACUCUCUACCGAUAGCUACGAGGGUGGAACUUUCGACGGAGAUGAGGGCGGCAUGCUGCUCUUGGAAGAGGUGGAUGGCGUAGACGUUCAGUGGGAGGAGGACGAGGCAGGAAGGAAAAAGGCCGUCUUGAUGUCGAACAAGGCAGCUCCUUUAAGUAAGCGUCAAGCUCAAAAGAGGAAGCGAGCUGAAGAGGACAUCAUACGGGAGGGACCCUCCGAGAGCGAAAGUGGCGAUGAUUUGGAAGAUGACGACGAGCAAGUCACGAUAGAUGCCACCGGUCCAGCUUUCCAAUCUGCAUUUCCGCCUUCGGAUGACGAGGAUGUGGAGGCGGGUAUGACAGAUUCCGAUGUCGAGGUAAAGCAAGAAGAAGACGAAGGCGACUCGAUCGAGCCAGACGUCAAGGCAGAGCUCGAGGCCACCUCGACGAAGAAAGCCAAGGCGUCGACCGCAGAUGCAGUCGUACAGCCACCUUCCCUUCAGGAUCGCAUCAAGGACAUCAAGUUCGACCCUGAUCUCCUGCCAGGAUGGAAGGAUCAGCCUUUACACCCCUUGCUUAAAAAGUCGCUCUUCGCGCUCGGAUUCUCGCGGCCAAGCGACAUCCAGGCAAAAGCUGUGCCAAUCGGUCUGCAGGAGGGACGAGAUGUAGUCGGUGUUGCCGAGACCGGUUCUGGUAAAACGCUAGCAUACUCAUUGCCCAUCCUGAACACACUGCUAGAAUCAUUGUCUCGACCAGAGUCGAUCGCUGAGUCAAGCGCAAAGUCGGGCAAGCGAGAGCUCUCUGCCCUGAUUUUAUGUCCCACACGAGAAUUGGCUUUGCAAGUGGGCAAGGUCAUCGGUGGCGUGGUCGAGGCUGGUAUGAACGCCAUCGACGAGGUCAAGGAGGAAACCGACGAUGAAGCAGAAGCUUUGGCCAAGGAAGAAGAGGCAGAAGCGAGGUGGAAGAAGAAAGGGAAGGGCAAGAAAGGUGCCAACAAGAAAGCGGAACAGCCGGUAAAGAAGGUGGUCAAGCCUGCUCCGGCGGGUCCCAGACCGCCUCCCAUCGUUUCGGUGGCAACGGUCGUAGGAGGCUUGUCUUCGGUCAAACAGAAGCGACUAGUGGCAAGGGGCUGCGAUAUCCUUGUCGCUACGCCUGGUCGUCUUUGGGAUCUUUGCGAAGAGGACGAUUCGUUCGCCAGCCAAAUCAAGAGGAUCAAAUUCCUCGUCAUCGAUGAGGCUGAUCGAAUGAUCGAGACCGGUCACUUUGCUGAGCUGGAAAACAUUGUCGGCCUGACUGUCAGGACGAAGGAGAUGCAGACGACGAAUGCGUCGGAGGACGAUCCUACUUUCGCUCGUACCAAUACGAAGGCAGACACUACCGCAGUGCGGGCAGACAUCAAGACAUUUGUGUUCUCGGCCACUCUGUCCAAAGACCUGCAAGGGAAUCUGAAGAGAGGUAGCUGGCGAAAAAGCAAAAAAGCGGGCAACUCCGGCAACACCCUGGAUGACCUGAUCACGAAGCUGGACUUCAGAGAUCCUAAACCCGAGGUCAUUGAUAUCUCUCCUGAAGGCCGCUUGGUUGCUACCUUGAGAGAAAGUAUGGUAGAGUGCAUGACCCUCGAAAAGGACCUCUACCUGUACUAUUUCCUCCUUCGAUACCCUGGGCGAUCGCUCGUCUUUGUUGGCAGUAUCGACGGGAUCCGGCGGCUGAUCCCGCUCUUUGAGAUGCUCAAGAUGCCCGUCUACCCUCUGCAUUCGCAGCUGCAGCAGAAACAGCGUCUAAAGAACUUGGACCGCUUUGCUUCGUCACCGAACGGGAUCCUGAUAGCAACGGACGUUGCCGCAAGAGGUCUCGAUAUCCCCUCCGUUGAUCACGUCAUUCAUUUCCAGUUGCCGCGAACGGCCGAUGCUUAUAUUCAUCGAAGUGGUCGAACUGCACGAGCGAAGCAGGACGGUUUCAGUCUGCAAAUGGUCAGCCCAGAGGAGCGAGGAGUACAGAAAGCCUUGAUGAAGAGUCUUGGCAGGACUCCCGAACUGCCGGAACUCGCCAUUGAACCUGGGUUCUUGCCCAAGCUGAAGGAAAGGAUUCGGAUCGCUCGAGAGAUUGAGAAAGCUCAACAUCAGAUCAAGAAGGAGAAUCACGACAAGAGCUGGUUGAAAGAGGUCGCCGAGGCUAUGGACGUAGAUAUCGACGCAGAUAUGCUCUCUGAUCUCGAGGAGAACGAGGCAGACUCGAGGUCUUCGGCCAAGAACAAGAGGCCCUCCGACACCAAGCUCUUCAACCUGAAGGGCGAGCUGAACGAGCUAUUACGUCAACCCCUGAUGGCAAGAGGUGUUUCGGCAAAGUAUCCCACCUCAGGCAGCAGGACAGUCAUUGACGAUCUGUUGCGAGACGAUAACCACCCUGUCAUGCUGGGGGCUUCGACAGCGAAGGCGUUCGAGGACGUCGAUUCAAGACCAGCGAAGAAAGCGCGAAAGUUCAUAAACAAGCGGGCACGUACUUGAUACCGUUCAUACAAGGACUUGACGAUCCGUCCAUACUGCAUGAUAAAUUACGCAAAGACUUCUAAGCCCUAGCGUUCUAGAUACAUCGUUUCAGGAGGGGAUUAGUGGAGUUGGGCGCCGUCUGAGAGGGUUACAUUUCGUGCGCGUCGCCCUCCGGAUCGACCCGCUAAACUCGUCGUCCUCGCCGUUCGAUAUGGUCAAUCUCGAGCAUGUACUAACCUAUCUGGCUUU